AGGGCGGUGCGCAACCGCAGUAGUCAGCUGAGCUCGUGACGUCUUAGGGCUAAUGAGUUUUUAAACUUUCGAUUAAGUUUGGGAAAAAAGUGAAAAUUUCCCGUUUUUAUGGGUUUAUUUCCGCCCUCGGUUGCACAUAGGUUGACCCGACGUCAUCGCUCAGACUCAGGCGCGCGAGAGUGAUUGACGUUUGAUCCAAACCGGAAGUGAGGAACAGGAGUUUGGAUCCGCAGCGAUGAAGAGGAGCCGGAUUCUGGCCCUGCUUGUGGGCGGAGUCUUCUGCGUGGCUGUGAUGUCACUGUACCGCAUGCUGGAGCUGAUGCAGGGCUCGGAGCGCGACCGACUGGGGGGCCCAGCUGUUGGACAGGUGGAGGAAGAUUUGUCCCGCCUCCAGCUGAAAAUCGACAGGUUGGAGCACCUCCUGGUUGACAACAACCGGUUGGUGGCUCGGCUGCGGGACUCGCUGCUGGUUAGAGAGUCACAGGAAGGAAGGCGUGUCUCCAACGUCAGCUCAGACUCCUCCCACAGCAGAGCGGGUCCGCCCCCUGGCUGCCAAACAGCCGAGGAGAUGAAGGACGGCGCCGAUGGAGUCCAGCUGCUGGACGUUUACGACCUCCUGCCCUUCGACAACCCAGACGGUGGAGCUUGGAAGCAGGGCUUCGAGAUCACUUACAACGGGGACGAGUGGGCGGAGCAUCCUCUGGAGCUGUUCCUGGUACCCCACUCCCACAACGACCCGGGCUGGCUGAAGACGUUUGACGGCUACUUCCAGGACCAGACCAGACACAUCCUGGACAACAUGCUGGUUAAACUGGGCGAGGACAGCAGGAGGAAGAUGAUCUGGGCUGAGAUCAGUUAUUUCUCCAAGUGGUGGAGCGGCAUUGACGAGCAGAAGAGGGAGCUGGUCAAACGCCUGGUGAAGGCGGGACAGCUGGAGCUGGUGACGGGCGGCUGGGUGAUGGCGGAUGAAGCUAACUCUCAUUACUUUGCUCUACUGGAUCAGCUGAUAGAAGGCCACCAGUGGCUGCAGACUCACCUGGGCGUGAAGCCAAGCAGCGGCUGGGCCGUUGAUCCCUUUGGCCACUCCCCGUCCAUGACGUACCUCCUAAAGGGGGCGGGGCUUAGCAACAUGGUGAUUCAGAGGGUCCACUAUUCUGUCAAGAAGCACUUUGCACGGCAACAGACGUUGGAAUUCCUGUGGCGACAGAACUGGGACUCCUCCUCCCGCAGUGACAUCACAUGUCACAUGAUGCCAUUCUACAGCUACGAUGUUCCGCAUACGUGCGGUCCGAACCCGUCGGUCUGCUGUCAGUUUGACUUUCAUCGCCUGCCGGGGGGGCGUGUCUUCUGUCCAUGGAAGAUCCCGCCUCAGCCAAUCACAGAGCAGAACAUCAAGGAGAGAGCGCUCCUCUUGUUGGAUCAGUAUCGUCAAAAGUCUCGACUCUUUCGCUCUUCGGUUCUCCUGGUUCCUCUCGGCGAUGACUUCCGCUACGUAGAGUCCAAAGAAUGGGACGCUCAGUUCAGCAACUACCAGAAGCUGUUUGACUACUUUGACCAGCACCCUGAGCUGCACAUCAAGGCUCGUUUUGGGACUCUGUCCGAUUACUUUGCUGCUCUGCAUCGGCGGCUGAGCACAACAGGAAAGAAUCUGCCGACGCUCCGUGGAGAUUUCUUCACCUACGCCGACCGUGACGACCAUUACUGGAGCGGGUACUUCACAUCCCGGCCGUUUUACAAGCGGCUGGACAGAACCCUGGAGUCCACGCUGAGAGCCACCGAAAUCCUUUACACGCUUACGUUGGCUGAAAUGCGUCGUUACCGCGGUGACGGUCAUUUGGUGGAAGGUUUUCCUGAGCGUGAACAUUAUCAGCGUCUGACUGAGGCGAGGCGGAACCUCGGGCUCUUCCAGCACCAUGAUGCCGUCACAGGAACCGCCCGUGACCCUGUGGUGAUCGACUACGGAACCAGGUUGUUUCGCUCCAUCCUGAACCUUCGCCAGGUGUUGCUAAGCUCCGCCCACUGGCUGCUGCUAUUGGAUAAGAGCCAGUACCACAAAGACCAAUCCAAAUCCUUCUUAGAAAUGAGUGAGGUGAUAUCUGCCCAGGAUGCUCUGCCUCAGAAGACGACACUGACGCUUGGUGAUGAGCCCAGGUCUUUGGUUGUAUUUAACCCGACGGAGCAACUUCAAACUACUGUCGUCAACCUGGUCGUCGAUUCUCCAGAUGCUCGAGUUGUUGAUGCGGAAACGGGUCUACCAUUAGCAGCUCAGAUCUCUGCUGUGUGGGAGGAGCCAAGCAAAGUUUCUUCACAAGCAUUUCAGCUCUCCUUUGUUGCUGAACUUCCUCCUCUGUCGCUUGUUGUGUAUCAUGUGAUCAAAGCGCCUGGCCGCUCCGUCCCUCGGGCGCGCUACAUCAUCCAUCGUCAUGGCAAACCGCCAACCGUCCAGUCGGAGCACUUCCAGAUGACUCGGCUUGAAGGAGCUGAAGCCAACGCCCCUCUUUCACUCAGAAACAAGCACCUUCAGAUAUGGAGCUCGCCAGAAACUGGCCUGCUGCAGAAGCUCCGCCUGCAGUCUGGUCUUGUCCGUCAGGUCCAGGUUCAGUUCCUGUGGUACGGGACCAGAACCUCGGGGGAGAAGAGUGGAGCGUAUUUAUUCCUGCCUGGGGUGGAGGGGCCUCAGGUCUACUCGCCAUCUGAACCCCCCCUCGUACGAGUGACCAGAGGUCCAGUCUUCUCUGAAAUCACUUCCUGUUUCCCACAUUUCACGCACACAGUGCGGCUCUACCACCUGGAUGGGCAUGCUGGGAAAUCCCUGGAAAUCUCCAACACGGUUGACAUCAGGUCCGAGAGCAACAAGGAACUGGUGAUGCGACUCAUCAGCGACGUCGCCAGCGGCAACCGUUUCUAUACCGAUCUCAAUGGAUUCCAGAUGCAGCAGCGCCGCACCUUAGAGAAGCUCCCCCUGCAGGCCAACUUUUACCCCAUGACGUCAUCGUCGUUCCUUCAGGACUCCAGCAGUCGCCUUUCUCUGCUGUCAGCUCAGAGCCAGGCGGUGGCGUCGCUGCGAUCAGGUGAGCUGGAGCUGGUGUUGGACCGGCGGCUCCAGCAGGACGACAACCGCGGCCUCGGCCAGGGGGUCACAGACAACAAGCUGACGGCCAGUCUCUACCGCCUGCUGCUGGAGGACCGCAAGGGUGGAGCCAAAGAAGUGGGCGGGGCCUCUGUUCAGCACCUGUCUCUGCUCGCCCACCUGGCCUCCCUCUCCCUCUCUCACCCUCCCAUCGCCAUGGUCGCCCCGGGCAACGGGCAGCUUCCAAAGCUCCGCCCCUUCCAGCCGCUGCGCUCCUCUCUGCCGUGUGACGUCCACUUGUUGAACCUGAGGACCCUGGAGGACCAACAGGAAGCUGGAAGUCCAUCACAGGAAGCGGCUCUCCUCAUCCACAGGAAAGGUUUUGAUUGUAACUCCGCCCCCGAUCCCCUUCCAACGUGCACAUGGAGUGAGCAGGAGGAGGUGAACCUGGACAACCUCUUCUCUCCACUACAGUUCCGAUCGCUCCGGCGCUCUGGCUUCACUCUGCUCCGCGACCAAGACGAGCCGGACUCCGCCGACCAGGCGGCGCACGUCACUGCGCUGCGUCCAAUGGAGAUCAACGCCUUCCGCGUUCAGAUCGCGUGAAUCGCGUCAAUCAGCUGACAACAGCGACGGCAGGGAUUUCACAAUAAAAGCCAUUUAGGUCAGAAACACUGAAGGAAACGUGUUUCCAUGGAGACAAUGUGUGUGUGGGGUCAGGUGUGUUGUUGUGUUGAAGGGAAUUCUGGGAAAUGUAUUUUUGUAAUUGUUUUUUUUAUUUUCUGUAGAGCUGAUGAAGAAAAUGUGAAGGGUUAUGUUUUCUGGGGAAAUUCUGGUUAAAUAAACAUUAAAUUAU